CUGCCUGAGUGGCAAGAAGGAUCAUCAUGGUGCUGCAGCAGAGUCAGGGACAACCAGACACAAGUGUGUCCUAGGCAAUGCUGGAGAUUCAAGGAUGCUGGAUGGGGGCCCCCCCAUUGGUCCCAUGGACCCCGUGGGGCCGGGAGCAGCCAUGGCCAGGGGUCUGCUUGUGCAAGGUGUGGGGUUGGGAGAACACCCGGAGUCAUGGACACCCCUGGAACGCAUGAGGAUUCUGGUACCCAUCUAAGGCAAGGGUACGGUGCUCCCCUGCCUAAGCCCCAUCUCCCCGCUCAGGCUGUCCCCUGCCCAGGCUGUCCCAGGCAGGGCUCAGCGCUGGCCAGCCCUGCCCUCUAGCGCCGUGGGAGCUGCUCCGUGCCCGGCUCAGCCCCGGCUCCUGGGGCUCACGGCCCAAAGUCCUCCCAGGGCCCGCAGAGCACAGCAGGGGCUGCCACCCCCCGGCACCACCUCCAGCCCCGACUCUGCUGCUGGGGGGACACGGGGACACGGCCGGACCCCCCAUGGCAGCACAGCAAAUGUCCCGGCUACCCGGGGGUGUCGCAGCGUCACCCCAGCGCAGGUGCCCUGCGCCCCAGCCUUGGGACACAGGCGUGCCCGUACGGGUGACAAUUGCCUUCCCGGGUCGAUGACCUGGUGGCCAGAGCACUCGGUGGGCCGGGACGGCGUGGGGCCACGCCAAUGGGUGCCCGCAGCGGCGGGAGAGGGAGGGAGGGAGGCUGCGGAGGCUCUGGUUAAACUGGAACGAGGCGCGGCAUCGUCCCGCGGUCCCUGCCCCGGGGACUCUGACCCCGAGGGGAGCGGAGCCGGGCGGUGCCGAGCAGCCCCACAGCCGCUGGGACGGAGCGAGAGAGGAGCCCGACAGCAUGGAUCCCACUUUGGAGCUGGCUGAUGACCCCAGGUUCUCCCGCCCUUUGGUGGAGAUGCUGAUCAGGAACUUCAGCGUGCCGGCAGCCUGCUUCUCCCUGCCGCCCACCUCCCGGCAGCUGCUGCACCAGCUGGACAUGGCCCAACUCAUCAUCCUGGGCCUCUGCACCAUCAUGACACUGCUGUCGGUCAUGAUCUACGCAGAAGAGGUUUCGUACCUCUUCCGCAAGAUCCGCUGCCCUAUCAAGAUGAAGACCCUCUGCUGGAGCAGCUCAGCCCCUACGGUUGUGUCCGUAGUCAGCUGCUUCGGCCUGUGGUUCCCGCGCUCCAUGAUGGUGGUGGAGAUGGCUACCACGGCGUACUUCGCUGUCUGCUUCUACCUGCUGAUGAUGGUCAUGAUUGAGGGCUUUGGGGGGAAGGAAGCGCUGCUCAGCACCCUGAAGGACGUGCCCAUGGUGGUCAGCACUGGGCCCUGCUGCUGCUGCUGCCCCUGCCUGCCCCGAAUCACCAUGAGCAGGAAAAAGCUUAAAUUGAUGAUCCUGGGGACUUUCCAGUACGCCUUCUUCAGGGCAGUCGCUGUCUUCCUGGGGCUGAUCCUGUCUGCCGAUGGGAAUUACAACCCUGCUGACAUUUCAGAGGAGAGCGUGGCCCUCUGGAUCAACACCUUGGUUGGUGUCUCCACACUCUUUGGGCUGUGGGCCCUGGGCAUCCUCUUCCGGCAGGCCCGGCUGCACCUGGCUGAGCAGAACAUGCAGGGCAAGUUCACCUGCUUCCAGAUCCUGCUCCUCCUGACGGCGCUCCAGCCCGCCAUCUUCAGCAUCCUGGCCAACAGCGGCAGCAUCGCCUGCUCGCCGCCCUUCUCCUCCAAGGCCAGGUCGCAGCAGAUGAAUGUGCAGCUGUUGAUCCCGCAGACCUUCAUCCUGGCGGUGCUGACGCGCAUGUACUACCGCAAGCAGGAUGACAAGCUGGGCUACCGGCCCGCCAGCUUCGCACCCGCAGCCGCCGACGCCAAGGCGUGAGCAGGAGGGAGAAACUGGGGUGCCAAGGGGCAGAGUGGGGUGAGGGGCUGGUCUACCCUGCACAACCUUCUUGUCCUCCCCUUGCCCUGGGGAGCUGCUGGCAGCAGAAAAGGCAGAAGGGGAAAGAGCAUUUUGGGACAGAAUGAAAGGGUCUGAAACCUAAAAGCCGUAAGCCAAGGGAGUCCACGGGGCCACCUCCAGCCCGGAGGCUCUUGUCCAGCACUGAGUAAAGAUAAAUUUUUACUGGA